ACAAUAUGGCUGCCUUCUAUUAAUUAUUUUUCUCCGCAACUUUUUAUAAUGACAACGACAACAGGCAAAUAAAUGGAUGACUUAGCCGACACUUACAGUAGUGAUGAGUAUUGUGCUGAAGCAGAGCAAUCAAGAAAAGCUAAUUCUACCAAAUGGCUGAAAUCAUCAAAUGUAUCACUAAAUCAUCUGCAGCAGGUCAAACCAAUGUCUGUCUAUAACUUUGGACUGGCAAAUAAAAAAGACCUUAAAGCUACAAACUUAACAUCACAGAGAAGUAACAGUUUUACCAAUCUAGUGCCAGAACCUGUUAUACAGUCUGUUAAUUCUCAGAGAACUGCCUGGGGAAGUAAUGCAUCUAUACCUGACCUUCUUAAAGCCAACACAAAAGCAUCAUCAAGGCCAUCAAGUGCUAAAACAUCAGCGAGGAAACAUCACCCUCCUACUGGUAGAAAACAACGUCCUCAAAGUGCUAAAGAAGAAUGCGUCCAACGUUCACCAGGCAUUGCAGUAAAAGGAGCAAAAUUUGAUCCAACUGGAAGACCGCCAAAAUCCUUUUCGGCUACAACGGGAUGGAUUGGACCUCCUGCUGGCAUGAAAUUUUCAGACUCAAAUCAAGAAUUGUUGAAGUCAGCUAGGAAAACGCCUCCAGCACCAGCAGGCACACCUAGGCUCCAUUUAGAUGUAGAUUUACAAAGCAAUACCACUGAUGAUGUUGCUAAUUCUCCUAGACUUCGGUACACCCAUGCUGAGUCUCCUAGGACUCCUACACCUCCACCACAUGUACCCCCAGCACCAAUACAUCUGAUGUUGCCAACAAUGUAUGAUGAAGAAGAAGAGGACGAGGAUGAGGAUGAGCUUGACACAGAGAGGUUAUUAACAAUGGCAGAAGAACACAUACAUGCUGAUAAGAAGUCUGAAUCUAUCAAUGACUUCAUAGAGAAAGUGUCGUCUGCUAAUCAUUGUGUAAAUGACUUGCCUGGAUACACAUUUACCCAUGUAAAUGGUCUAACUUCUAAGGAAAGCAAACUUGAGAUUCAUGCUAACGGUGAAAGUGAUGUGGUCUCAUGGGAGAAGGAGGAUGUUAAUGAUUCAUAUGAUUAUUCUGAUUCUGAAUAUUCGGGACAGGUUACUAAUACCCCUCGGAGUGACAUUGACUCAAAUCAACCCCAUCCUUUAGAGAAAGUCUCAGUAAAAUUCAGUGAAGAUAGAAAUGUUACAAUUGACAUUACCCCUAGAAAUGCUGGUCAUAAAGUAUCUGAAUUAAGUAGAAAGAAACCAGAGAAAAUCCUCGAAUCAGAAGAGCUUCAAUCAGUUUUGUCUGUUUCAAGUGCUAAUACACAAGAAGUUCCUUUGAGUUCACGCAAUAAAACAGUCUCAUUAACUGAAAUGAAACAUGAGACAAAAACAACGAGAAUUUUAACUAACAAUAAAAGUUACACCAGAUCAGAAAAACCGAAAAAUGAAAAUCUGGAAUUCAACUUCAACUCUAAUGAUCAUAAAAGGUGUGAUAAAAGUUUCAGCAAUAGACCAGCAUCAGCAUCAAGUAAUAGACCAACUACGCCAUUAAGUUCUGUCACUGUUGCUUACUGUGAUUUGGAUAACGCCAAAAAGCGAAAGCGUUACCGUGGACUGAAGAGUGAGAAAGAUGUAGUAACUUUAGUUCAGCAGAUGCAAGUUUCAGACAGUGAUGAGGAAAAACAACAGGAAGUCAUUACACCAGAUAAAUUAGAACCUUGGAUGACAACAAAAACCACAUCACAACCUUCAAAAAAUUACUACGAGCUUUCGCGUCAAGUAACUCAGUCAAAUGUUAAAGCACCGAAAAAGGAGAAACUUAACUCUCAUUUGGUUACUGGAGCCCCUCUUGUCAAAACAAUCAAAACAAUAGAAUUGGAUGAAUCUGGCAAUGAUAUGAAAGAAACAAAAGUUCAAAGUCAUAUUGAUAAACAGACUAAUGAAUUAUAUGAAAAAGAUCGACAGCUAAGGGAGGCAACUAGAGUUAGAUCAAAACCUAGACCUGUUAGUGAAAUGAUAAACAGACACCGUAGUGUAAAAAAAGAUAAUGAAGUCCUGAAAAAUGGCCACAGCACAAAACCAGAGGAAAGUCUUAACAAGGUUCAACGACCAUUUUCUGCACCUUCAUGGCGAAAACCUACACCAGCAUUUAAAGAGAAAAGGCCAACACAUGUGACUGAAACAAGAAACCAGACAAUUGCUACAGAUGUAAAUGACAAUAUAACACAAAAUGGAAAAUCUUUGAAGACAAUGGAGAUGGCUUAUGAGGAACAUAUAUGUAUUGGUUCGGAAACAGAUGAGGAGGACAAAAUGUCUGAAUUAAGUUUUGGUCCGGAAUCAGGAAGUGAAAAUGAAGCAGAUUUAAAAACCUCAAAAGAUUUAGAAAUUGAAAAAAUAAUUGAAAGACAUUUAGGGAAACCAUCACAAACUGUGAAUUUAUCCCCGCCAGAAAGCUUGCCGCCAAAAACUAAAUUAUAUAAGAAGCCACCUAAAUCUUUAUCAGAAAAGCCAAGUCCAGGGAAGAAAUCAACUGCUCAUUCACAUGGUCACUGUAAUUGUCCAAAAGACAGUAAAGAAGACAGCAAGAAAGUGAGCACACAAACUGUACAGCUACCUAACAAUGAUAAACUGUCCAAUAAGGUAUAUGGUGCCUUUGCUAGAGGCAGAUCAGCUCCACCUUUGCGGUCAGCUAGUAAAUCCAAAGUGGUAGAACGACCAAGAACUGGUAAACCUGUAUAUAUAACCUCCAAAAAUCCUAAUGAUGAUUUUGAUACUGAAGAAAAUGUUGAAUGCCAGAAACUUCAGGCCAAACUUGCUGCUAAUGGUGUCAAUAUAAAGGCGGAAACAUUAGAAAGAGCUUUAUAUCCUCCAUCAGGGAGGACAUGUCAUUAUGAAGUGAAUGCAACACUACCUAAGAAUUCUUCAUCAAACUUACUAAGUCACCCUAAAGAAUGGUUACCUAUAGAAUACAGACAAUUGAGACUUGCUGAAAGGGCUCUAAACAGAGCUAAUGAAAUAAUGUACAAACAGAGAGUGGCAAAAGACAGAAAAGCUAGGCUUGGAGAACUUGCAAAGAAAAAAAUUAAGGGAAAGAAAAAAGGGAAGAGUAAAGGAAAGAAGACAGAAGACAGUAAAACAAAAUAGAGGGGAGCAUUAAUGAAAGGGAGAUUUUUAGAUAUCAAGAAAAAUGAAUGGAUACAGAAAUAAGAUAAAUGAGACAUUGAAGACUGUGAAAUAUCUUGCAUUUUCUCAGUACUAAUGUAUUUAUGUUAUAAAUUUCAAGUAAAAAACAGAAAUCAAAUAUAAAAAAGGUAGACUUCAUAGACUGCUUUAGAUUUAAAUGGUGAGAGUUCAUUAUAUUUUUUUAUUAUUUAAUAGACAGGUCAGGGUUUAAAUAUGCAAUUUCAUCAUUCCCUCCAUUGCGUACUAUGCAUUGACGCUAUACAUUUUCAGUAUUUAGAUUUUAGAAUCUGUUGUUCUAUUUAGAUUUUCUUAUAAUUGUGAAUCUGUUCAUUAGCUUAUGAAGUUGAAUGUGUCAUAUUUCAAAUUAACCUCAUGGAACAAAUCUUAAUAAAAAUUGAUUCAUGAAAUCUCAAAUCUGAAAUGGUUUUCUUGUUCCAUUGAAAUUUUGAAGAAUAACAUUUUUUGCUGUUAUUUUAAAUUUUCACAAGUAAUUGAGAGUUUCAUAAUCUUAUAAAGCACCAAAAACCUUUUUACCUAUUCCAAAUUAAGCUGUGUAAGGUGAUCCCCUGCUAAUAAUAUAAAUGAUGAUUUAAAGAUGGUGUUCUUUAUUUAGGUGCUUUUUCCUUUUAAUUUUUCUUUUUGAAUGAUUGCUGACUAGAUAUGAUGCCUUCAUUAGUUCAUUGGUUCAUAUAUUGAUUGAACAAAAAUUAUUUAGUGCUGUGCACUUUAAAUUUUUUAUUUUUCCCCAUAUUUAUAUUGAAAAAUUAUUUAUAUAUCCGUCCAUCAUAUGUUCAGUAUUAUUUGCACAAAAAGUUUGUAAAAAAAUUAUAUGUGUAAGAGCAAUUUUUAUAGGAAAGACUAAUUUUCCUUGGAAAGACUAAAUUUCCCAGAAAAGACUAAAUUUCCUAGAAAAGACUAAAUUUCCUAGGAAAGACUAAAUUUCCUAGGAAAGAAUUAAGUCUUUCUAUGUAAGUUUGUCCCUCCCAAUUAUAGAGAAAACAUUCCAUUUCAGGUUUUAAUAUAUGCAUUUUAUGAUGCACAAUUGUGAUGACUUGUUGAUUUUUUGUAUAUUUUGUAUAUACAUGAAGAAAUAUAUGUACUAUGGAUUCAUUAUUAUUGAUUCUUAUUUGCUGGAUACCAUUCUUUGUGGUUUUAAUGGGUUAAUUUAACCAUUAAUUUUUAAAAUGUUUACUGAAAUACAAAUUUUGUUUGUAGACUGAAGCAAAACCUUUAAAUUUAAUAAUUUAAAUUUUGUUACCAACCAAAAACAAAUGAAUUCAUAUAUAUAUUGUUUUAAGAUAAAACAUAACAGUAUCAUUCCUUUGGUGUAGAAUAAUUUAUUCUUUUAUAAUUGUAAUCAAAAUAAGCAAUGCAACCCUAGAAAAAAACCUUUUAAUUGUGUGAUAUGUAUACAAAAUAUGCUUGUCCUGAUUUUGAGAGAAACAUUGAAUUUAUUAUCUGAAAUUUUACUUUACACUGUAUUGUAAAUAAUGUUGCUUUCUGAAAUUUAUGAAUUUUGACUGCAUUCUAUACAAUUUAUAUUUUUUGUGAAUAUAAUUUUAAUGGAAAUUGUUUUAUAAUGAAUUCUAAUCUAAUGUCCUGUAGUAUGCUUUACCAAAUAUCAACAAUAAAAGCUUGCAAACUUUUCAAUCCUAUAUAGCUUAUUGCAUGAUGCUUACACGAAAUGGGUCCUAAAAGUAAUGUCCAGUUGUGUAUUUUAGUCUGUGUUCAUAUAUAUGUUUGUGCAGUUAUGUUAAGUGUUCACCUUAUAUCUGUCUCAUACAUGUUAAAUUAAUGUUGUGACCCAUAUAAAAUUUAUAUGCAAGUUAUUAAUUUUUCAAAAAGAAAAAAAAGAAAAAAAAAAAGGAAGUAAAACGACAUUCACGAAGUAUUCAAGAGAUUAAUAUCUGCUCUAGUUUAAUUCUCUGUUUACAUUAUUUUUUUAUUGUUAAAACUGAUAAAGUGGACACUUUCUGUUCAGAAAUUAUUACAAGAAUUUUUAAAUUAAUGCAAAUAAUGUGAUUAGGAGAGUAUCACAAUAAUUAGAACUCACAUUCUGAUAUCACAGUCAUAAAACUUUCAAGCAUGAUUUUUGUACUCAGACUCGAAAAUCAACCAAUCAAAUUGCUGGAUUUCAUGUUUUGAGCAUGAUUUUUGUGCUCAGAGCACUGAGCAAAGUUUUAUGCCUUCAAGGCAUGAUCCAUAUAUAUAUCAUAAUACAUAUUUUCCUGAAAUUUCAAUAAUUAAUGUUGCUUUGUUGUCCAUUCUUCAAAAAUUACAGUAAGAAAUACACCCGAUUAUUUCUAAAGUUAAAGUAUAUAGGUUUUUUUGUCUGUUAUUUGAUUUUUUGUCGAGUCUGUUACGAAAAUAUUUUUUUAGUAUUCCAUAUUUUUACCCGUUCAUGUUUUUUUCUAUUUUUCUAUAAGAAGAAAAUUGCAGACACAAGAUUUUACAUUUGAUUUAUAUAGAUCAAAAGAUACCCUAUACUUACAUACAUAGUUUUCUAGUCAAUAAGAAAAUUGUAUAGACAGGCCUUAAGUAGAUCUUAGGUAACCACAAUAUUUUAACAAGUGGUUAGUGGAUAAUUUAAUCGAAAGAUACCCUCUAUUUAUAUAUUUUUCAGGUCAUAAGAGAUUCAAAAAUCAAAAAAGCAUAGACAGGCACUAAGUAGAUAUUAGGUAACCACCAUAUUUGAACUGGUGGUUAGUGGAUAAUUUAAUCGAAAGAUACCCUAUUUUUCUGGUCAUAAGAGAUGCAA